ACCCCAAAUUCCCUCCCCAACUGGAAGUAGGAAGUAGGAAGUAGAGCAGAGCUUCUCUCACAGUCCCGCCAAGAACCCCCCCACCCCCACUACUCUCUGCAGGUCGCCUGCUCAAAGAUCACACUUCAUUUUCUCUCUGAGGUCUCUCUACGCUCCUGAUCUCCCGGUCAGUUGGCUCCUCUCUCCCUCUUCCUCUGUUUUACUCUCCAUUAAUUGCUGUAAUUUCGACGCAAUGAAACCCUUACCCACAGUUUAUUGCAAUGAAUGCGUCAAUUUGAUCAAAUUUGGGAGCUAAUGGGAUAAUUGGCCAGCCAUGGAUAUUGAACCUCUGAACAUCGAAAAUGAGGUUAUGGAGUUUGACAUGGGUAGUGCUGUGGAAGAUGAAACUACCACCCUCGACUUAGAACACCCUGAUGAUGACUAUGAUAGAGAUUACAAUGACGAAUUAGUUGAAGGUUCUAAUCCUUCUACGUCUCUUGGCUUUUUAACCUCAAAUGGAGAACCGGAUCUUGAACCGUAUGAAGGUAUGGAAUUCGACUCCGAACAGGCUGCGCGUAUUUUUUAUAAUUCGUAUGCCCGCCGUGUUGGCUUUAGUACCCGGGUCAGUGUGUACCAGCGGUCACGGCGUGAUGGGUCCAUCAUAUGCCGUCAAAUUGUGUGUUCCCGUGAAGGAUUUCGUCGUGAGGGAGCUGAAAAUAGGUCUAAGAGACAGCGGACGAUCACUAGAGUUGGGUGUAAGGCGCAGAUGACGGUGAAGAAGCAGAGUUCUGGGAAAUGGGCAGUGUCCAAACUUGUGAAGGAACAUAAUCACGAGCUUGUACCGCCUGAUAAGGUGCAUUGCCUCCGGUCACAUAGGCAUGUAUCAGGUCCUGCUCGAAGCCUGAUUGAUACCCUUCAAGCGGCUGGGAUGGGCCCUAGUGGGGUAAUGUCCGUGUUGAUCAAAGAAUCUGGUGGAAUUAACAAUGUUGGAUUUACUAAAGUUGAUUGCCAGAAUUAUAUGAGUAGUAGUAGGCAGAGGACUCUAGGGAGUGGGGGUCAGAUUAUUUUUGACUAUUUGAAGCGAAUGCAGGCUGAGGAUCCUCGUUUUUUUUAUGCAGUCCAGGGUGAUUUUGAUAAUUCCACAGGAAACAUUUUCUGGGCUGAUGCGAAUUCAAGAAUGAAUUAUAACUACUUCGGAGAAACAGUUACAUUUGAUACGACAUACAGAAUGAAUCGUUAUCGAGUCCCCUUUGCUCCAUUUACAGGGUGGAACCAUCAUGGACAACCUGUAUUGUUUGGAUGUGCAUUACUCCUAAACGAGUCAGAGUCCUCGUUUGUUUGGCUAUUCCAGACUUGGCUAGAGGCAAUGUCUGGUCGCCAUCCCAUCUCAAUCACAACAGACCAAGAUAGAAUCAUACGAGCAGCUGUUGUGCAAGUGUUUCCAGGAACCCGUCACCGAUUUUGUAAAUGGAAUGUGUUUAGGGAAGCUCAAGAGAAAUUAUCUGAAGUAUAUCGCUCACACCCUUCUUUUGAAGCGGAGUUCCAGAAGUGCAUCAAUUUGACAGAGACAAUCAAUGAGUUUGACUCAUGUUGGGAGUCUCUUCUUCAAAGAUAUGGUCUUGGGGAUCAUGAGUGGCUUCAGUCUAUGUACAAUGCUCGCCAACAAUGGGUACCAGUUUAUCUACGGGAUACAUUCUUUGGGGAGAUGUCCAUAACCCAAGGAAGUGAUAGCAUAAACUCUUACUUUGAUGGGUAUAUAAACGCGUCAACUAAUAUUCAGGUGCUGAUUAAGCAGUAUGAAAAAGCAAUUGCCACUCGGUAUGAAAAGGAAGUAAAGGCAGACUAUGAUACAAUUAAUACUUCACCAGUUCUAAGAACACCGUCCCCCAUGGAAAAACAAGCAGCAAAUCUUUAUACAAGGAAAAUAUUUAUGAAAUUCCAAGAAGAAUUGGUUGAGACUCUUGCUUAUCCUGCGACUAUGACUGAUGAUACUGGAUCAGAAACCAUUUAUCGGGUGGCAAAGUUUGGGGAAGACCACAAAGCGCACUCUGUUAGAUUCAGUGUUUUUGAAAAGAAAGCUAGUUGUAGCUGUCAAAUGUUUGAAUUUUCAGGUAUUAUAUGUAGACACAUAUUAGCUGUAUUUAGAGUAACGAAUGUUCUGACAUUUCCAUCUCAUUAUCUCUUGAAACGCUGGACAAGAAAUGCAAAAAGUGGGGUUUUGUUGGAUGAGCGGACUCUUGGGUUGCCAAGUGAUUCUCAAGAGUCUUCUGCUGCGCGAUAUGACAGUCUACGACAGGAAGCUAUCAAGUAUGUAGAAGAAGGGGCCAAAACUGUACAGGUUUAUAAUGUGGCGAUGGAUGCUCUUCAUGAGGCUGCGAAGAAGGUUGCUGCAGCCAAGAAACAUGGUUCUGGGGCCAUUCAAAGUGCACUGGAUAAUGGGAGUCAACAGCUUCAGUCUUGCUCCAUGGAUCAGGACAAGAAAAUUCAGGAUUUAACUGCUGAAUUGGAGAACGCAAGUCAGCAAUGUGAAGCGUACCGAGCAAAACUGUUCGCUGUUUUGAAAAACAUGGAAGAACAGAAGUUAAAGAUAUCAGUCAAGGUUCAGAAUGUGAGGCUCCAUCAAAGAAGUUAAAUUUGAGGGGCCUGGCAGCGGCAACAUUUUCAUCAUCUUCAUGAAUACUAAAAAAUAGCGACCGGAAGGGUGAGAGUAAUUGGGUGCUUACUAUCCCAUUACUGCCGAUUGUAGCAUAUGUGUUUAGUUACUGGAAGAGGUAUAAAUUUGUUCUAGUUUAGGGCAGUUGUAAACUAUGUCCACUACUACUUGAAUGUAACCAUAGAAUAGGUUGUCUGUAGUGGAUGGAGAGGUGGUGGCAAAGUGAAAUAAAACUUUGAUGAGCUUCUAUUUGAUCUAUUCCUUUUUCAUGUACAUUUGGUGCAGUUUUCACCAGUGAGGAAUUUCAGAUGGAGUUGACUAACUGAAGGAUAGGAAUGCCCAACAUUUGUUACAUUGAGAUGGGUGUAUGUUGUUCUAUGAUGUGUUUUUGUGGACCAAUAUCGAUUACCAAUUCUCCGAC